AUGCUCGCUAAACGCGCUCUCUCGUCUUUUCCUACAUCCUUCUUCAGCAUCUUCGUUCCAAGAUUUUCCAUUGUCCCAGGUGCAAAUCGCUCACUCGCAACCAUGGCUACCGAUACAUCCAAGUAUAAACUCAAUCACACUAUGAUUCGGGUCAAAGACCCAAAGAAAUCAUUGGAAUUCUAUCAGUUUUUGGGCCUCAGCCAGAUUCAACAGCUAGACUUUCCGGAGAAUAAGUUCUCGCUGUAUUUCCUUGCCUACAGCGGGCCAAACUCGUUGCAAGGGGACCGCCACUGGACGGAUCGCAACGCCGUGUUGGAGCUCACCCACAACUAUGGCACGGAGAAUGACCCCAACUAUAGCGUGGUUAACGGCAACACUGAACCCUACCGCGGCUUUGGACACAUUGCUAUCUCGGUUGACAAUAUCGAGCUGGCCUGCCAGAGACUCGAGGAUGCUGGAUACCCCUUCCAGAAGAAGCUCACGGACGGUCGGAUGAAGAAUAUUGCCUUCGUCAAGGACCCCGAUAAUUACUGGGUUGAGAUUAUUCGCCGCGCUGAUGAGAACCUCACCACUACUACGGAUCCUAGCAGGUAUCGCCUCAACCACACCAUGCUCCGCGUCAAGUGCGCAGAGACAAGCUUAAAGUUCUACCAGGAAGUCAUGGGCAUGACGCAGGUGCGCAUGUCCGAGAACAAGGAUGCCGCCUUCAACCUUUAUUUCUUGGGAUAUCCCGCCUCCAACCCGAAAGUGCAGGAGGGCGCUAGAAACCCGGUCGCUGAGUGGGAGGGUCUGCUCGAGCUGACCUGGAACUACGGCACCGAGAAACAGGAAGGAAAGGUCUACCACGACGGCAACUCUGAGCCUCAAGGAUUCGGUCACAUCUGCAUUACUGUGGAUGACCUUGAUGCGGCCUGCGCUCGGUUUGAAUCGUUGAAUGUCAACUGGAAGAAGCGGUUGACCGAUGGCCGGAUGAAGAAUGUGGCCUUUAUCCUGGACCCUGAUGGCUACUGGAUCGAGGUGGUUCAGAACGAGGCGCUGAAGCGUACCAGCAACUGGUAG